AUGGAAGAAGACCAAUUCGAUAAUCUAUCUACAAGUCCAUUUGAAUUUAUAAAUGAUAGUAUUGGGAAUAAUAAUAAUAUAAAUGUUAAUUAUUCAUCAAGUUCAUCAUUAACUAGUAAAUUUAGUUUUGGUGCAAAGAAAACAUUUAGUUUAUUUUCCCAAUUAAAAAAUAAUAGUAAUUCAAUAAACCAAUUUGGUUAUAACUUUAAUAGUAUCGAAUAUAAUAAUAGUCAAGAUAGCUAUCAUAAUGAAAUUGUUGAUAUUAGUGAUGACGAAGAUACAAAAAAUAGCAACAGUAACAAUAUUAUAAAUACAAAUCAAUUACAAUACCAACAUCAAUUAUUUUUUAAUAAUAAUAACCACCACCACAAUAAAGGACAACAACAUCAAAAUUACCACCAACAAAUUUCUAUUUACCAAGAUGAAAUCGAUGACGAUACAGAAUUAUUAAAUAGUGAUGAAGAUGAUAGUCUUAGCGAAGAUUGUCUAGAUUUUCAUGAAAUAAAUAGUACAACAAGUUCAACAAAUGGUUAUAUGAUAUAUAAUCCACAAAUUGAAAUAUCACAAGCAUUAAACAAUGGUAAUAAUUUUAAUAAUGGUUUAAAUUUUAAUGGUGGUUUUAUUAAUGAUAAUAAUAAUGGAUUGGAUUUAAAUAAUAUUAAUUUUAAUAAUAAUUUUCAAAAUAAAAAUAACUAUAAUUAUGAUAACGAACCAUCAAUCUCUGUAAAAUAUAUUUUUAAUGAAUCAACCAAAAAUAAUAAUAAUAAUAAUAAUAAUAAUAAUAAUAAUAAUAAUAAUAAUAAUAAUAAUAAUAAUAAUAAUAAUAAUAAUAAUAAUAAUAAUCAGUGCAAUCCAUCAAUUGACAGUAAUAAUCCAAGUCCAGUUCAAACUUUUGAUAAUGAUGAUGAUUCCGUUAUCACUACUAAAAAUAGAAAUAAUAGAAAUAAUAAUAAUGACAUCAAUAAAAGUAAUAAUGAUAAACAAAAUGAAAUUGAUAGUUUACAAGAUGAGAAAAAAGAAGUUGAAAAAUUUAAUGAACAAAAAGUACCAAGUAGUAGUUUAAACUCUGGAAUUUCAGAAUUAAAAAUUUACCAAUUAUUCAAUUCAAAUCAAUCAGAGUUUAAAGUUGGUGAUAUUUGGUUUUUAGUUGAAAUUAAUUGGAUUAAAGAUUGGGUAGAUUUCAUUUCAAAUAAUAAAAAUAAUAAAAAUAAUAAUGAGGAUGAGGAUGAUGAUGAUGAUGAUGACGAUAGUGAUUUUAAUAAUAAUAAUAAUAAUAAUAAUAAAUUAAAACCAAUUAGUAAUGAAAAAAUAUUAUUAAAUGAUAGAUUAACAUUAUUGCCAGGUGUUGUUAGAGGUGAACAUUUUCAAAUAGUUUCAAAAUCAGUUUGGGAAUUUAUUAUUAAUAAAUAUGGUGGGGGUCCAUCAAUUCCAAGAGUAGUAAUUUCAAGAUUAUUUAAAAGAAAUGAAAUUGAUUUUAAAAUACCAACAACUCUAUUCAUAUUAAGUUCUUCAAAUUUAAAAGAUGUAAAAACAAUUUAUUGCCAAAAGAAUGAUACCAUUGAUUUCAUUAAAAAUAGAGGAUGUAAAUUAUUUAAUAUUUCAAAAGAUAAUGUUAGAGUUUGGGAUUAUUAUAAUUUAAAUAAACACUGUAUAUUAAAAGGUUCAAUUUCAUUAAGCGAGUCAAAUUUAAUUGAAUCUCAACAUAUAUUACUAGAAGAAAAGUUAUCAGAUGGAAAUUUCAUGCCAAUUAGACAAGAUUUUCAAACUUAUUUACAAACAAUCAAUAAUUAUUUGAAUUGA